AGCAUUUAUUUUUAAAGCCUGUGCUUCUCAAAGCAGUCAUCAGGGUCCCAGGUGGUCAACACUGAGAUAGAGCAAAACUGUGGGCUGUCUGGGGCACUGAAGACUGGUUUCAGAACCACUGUUUUGAACAAUGCACAAUUGCUCAUCCUCAUAACAAUGUAUAACUGGUUGUAUCCUAAUCAGAAAGAAGACAUUUCACUCUACACAAAAUAUCUAGAUCAUAACAUAUCUACACAAACAUAACACCAAAUUCUCCCAUUGUGCAGUAGGAAACUGCCUGAAGGUCUGAAUCAGAUGGAGCUGUAUAAGUCAUUUGGAUUAUUUUAAACCUCUGCUGAAAGAGAGCGACAGAGAGAGAGAACUUUUUUUUUUUUUUGCUCCAAAGCCUGAUCGAUUUUGUUCCCACUGUUGCCUGUCUACAAGGUCGAUUGUGUAAUGCAUUACACAAGUCAUUAAGUUCAAUGUAGCAUAAUGUCAUCACAGUUUCAUGGCAACCGGGUGCUAGAUUGGUUACUUGACAUAUGAGAUUCAAUCUGGACAGGGACUGUUUUGAAUGCAUCAGAGGAUACUGCUAUAAGUCUUUAUAGUGGAACUGUUAUCGGGUUUAUAUGGGUGGCAACAGUGUAAAAUAGCAUAGUGUCAACCUUACACUGGUUUGUGGAUUAAUUGCUUUAUGGUUGAAUUGGUAGAGCUUCUGUAAUGAAGAGACAAAUGGGAAAGUAUUUCAUUCCUAUGCAUAAAUCAUCAAAAGAUGAACUUAAACUCCAGAAACAUCAACAUCUUUUUCCUCAUCAGGAUGUACCACAUCACCACCCCAACCAGCACAACUCCAGAAGAUCAUCUAGGAACAUUAAUGACUUCCAUCAAUAUGAUUCCCAAAAUCACCCAGAUCAUCAUCAAAACUUUGGGGGCACUGAACCCCACAAAGAACAACUUAACACCGUUUCUAGGGCCUUGAUAUCCAGCCUCUCCUCCUCUUCUUCCUCUUCUUCUGCAUCUUUGCUUUCGGAGUCCAGUUUGGACAGUGAGUGGCAUUUCCUGCUAAACAGACCCCAGCAUUCUGUGUCCUGUUCCAACCUUCUAGAAGCCAGGACCUUUCAAGAUGAGGCAUCGGGGAACGUGGACUUUGAUCUGAGUGUCUCGGCACUUUCUGUCCAACAUCAUCAACAGAAACAACAGCAUUUUGGUCAUUCUGGACAGCAACAACAGGUCUCAGAGCUAGGACUGAGGAAAUCACCACUAUACAGAUGCCAGAGCAAAAGUGUAGAGGGGCUUAUGCAGAGUGUAAGCCAAGAAUGUAGCCCUAGGGAACAUAAGAGACCCCACCCGUUGGAGCUCAGCCAACUUUACAAGACCACCAGCCUGGGACAAAACUUUGCUGUCAAGGAUAAGGCUGCUGCAACAGUAAAUAUGGCAAGACCUAAGAGGGCUGUCUCAUCUAUUCAGCUGCCAAGCAAGGGUAUUCUUAAAAACAAAGAUGAAGGGCAGAAGCAUGGAAACUUCCGGAAAGCCAAGUCUAUGGAAGCAUUGUCCACGAAGGGACAAGGUACUAGUCCUCGUAAACAGAGUUCUGUGGAGGUGCUGAGGGAUAACUUUGUAAAAGAGAAGCUUGAGUUCUCUGCCUUUCUGGAUGAGAUUACCAGGCAGGUUAUCAGCCCUUCAAGACUCAGCUCUUUCAGGAUCAAUCCCAGCACUACACCAGCAUCUCACAAGUUGCCCCAUGAAGACAGAAGAAAGCCUGCUAAAGCAUCCAACCAGGAACGAGUACAUGUUCAGAAAUCAUCCAAACAGCACAUAGUCCAGCCUGUGAAAUCCGACAGUGAAAAAGGAAGAACAGAUUCCAAUAAACAUGGUCAUAAGUGUCAAACUGGGAGCUCUUUGGGUGCGCCACAUCAGCAUCAGCACCAACGCAGUCAAGAGAAGCAGCACUCUACUCCUGAAAGUUAUAGAGCCACAUCACACAAACAGCACCAUGGAAAAUACAGCCAGCUCCUCUCUGAAGGUACCAGCACCAGUUCUGAGUCCAUCCUGCAGGAGAAGCACUAUCAAGCUAAAAGCAAAUGGGGUUAUAAUGAUGGUUAUGGCAUACAUAGAAAGGUUAAUACUGAGCACAAAGUCUCAUCUCUGCCUGCUGGACUGGGCAUGGAGUUCGCAAAAAAAUCCUCCACAGUGACUGCCCCUAACUUGGAGAAUAUUAACAAGCACAAAUACAUGGGGUACAGGAGACACUCCAAACAAUCACACAGGGAUUCAGUGAGUAGCAUGGACAGAGCCGAAUUGCUGGAGCACUACAACAAAGACCUGCAUGAGAAUUUAUUGCAGAUGGUGUCAUGCAUUGAACACAUGGAGGCAGAGCUUCAGUGUACCAAGACAGAAUUAAGCAGUGUUAAAGAGAAAUGCAAAAGGCUUCAGGAGAGCUACACAAGCUGUCAGCAGGCCAACAGUGUCCUGGAGCAAAAACUCCAGUCUGUGGUGGACAGCAUGAACUCAGAGCAGAAGGAUCACAGGAUUUCAGAGCUGACCAAACAACUGGAUACAGAAAAAAAUACAGUCAUCUCACAGGAAAACAUUAACAUUCCCUCCUUGAUUAGGGAGCUUUUGGACAAGUAUUUUGACUCUGAAGAUACUGUGAAGAACUUUUUAUUCUCCUCCUCAUCACGUGGUCAGUUGGACACUGACAAAUCAGAUAGAACCUUAGGACCCAGGGACAACCAAUCAUCUGUGAGGAAAAGGGGUGAUAGGGUAUCUGAUUGGUUACUCCCUGGGCAGCGAGAUUCAGCUGACAGACAGGAGCAUAUGGCAGCAUUUUUGCCAUGGACAGAAAGUCAAGACCGCUGGGUUGGAUUAGAGAAGACAGAUGCAAGUGCGCUCCUACUUCCUAAGACAGGGGAUUCCAACCUUCACUCCAUUGCUGUAGAUAUUAACUCUGCCAUGUACAGGAAGAUACCAGAUGCAAAGGCCAAAGAACAUGUCCCCAGGGUCACAUUGCAUCAUUUAGGCUUAGAGACAGAAUUACACUCCAGCAGCAUGCUGGCCCAUAGGCCUGGUGAAGUUCUAUCUAAUCAGUACCACUUGGAGGAGAUAAAAGGAACAGGAGAACAGAGAACAGUGGGGUGUGCAGGAAUUGCACAGCAGGAGCCUGAUGACAUUACCUAUCGAACAGCACAGAAGAUGCUGGAUAAUUUUAUAAGCCAAAUUCCUUCCCAGUCAAAGGAGAGGCAGUUACAGAGAGAUCUUGAGGACAGGGACUGGACCAGAGGGCCUACAGAGGGACUUUAGGCUGCUUUAUAUGCUUGAUUCAUGUUGGCCAGUUUAUUGAGACUGGUCUGGGUUAGGAAUAUAAUUGGAGAAAUGUGCUUGUUUUUCCGUCUCAUUAAAGACAAUGUUCUUCAUCAGACAGUACCUUCAUCUGGUGAUACAUUAGUUAUUUCUUCAUAGUAGAAAUUUAGCAUCGGUUUUCCAGAUACUGAUUUACUUUACAAAUCAAGACUGAAAAGGAUUUUCAAUUAAGAAUCAUCAUAAACAAAUUAAAAAAUUGAAGGCAAAAAAAUUUAAAAUGUACAAAAAUUAUUUGGGGUUGUUAAAGUAUGUUCUACUAGAUUUGGUGGUAAACCUGAUGGCAUCAUGCUCUCCAUGUUUGUGCUCUGUAAAAAUAUUUUAUUUUUCUCCUUUCAUUGUUUAUUGCAUGUCCAGUUGCUUUCCCCUGUUUCAACUAAUAAGAGAAAUUAUUUAUUUACUAAUUACUUAUUUACUUAGAUAUAUAAAUCUGUAUAAAAGGAUAGUAGUGUAAUAGUAUACAUUUUAUUAUAUUUCAGAUUUCAUAUUACAUUAUUGUACUAAUUAGUAUAAUAGUAUAAAUAGUAUUUAUUAGUCAAAGAUCUUUUUGGUUCUUUUUGUCUUACUUUGGAAUAUUAAUUUGAGAAACCCUGAUCUAGAGCAAGCAUUACAUUUUUUUCAGGGAUGGUUUAUAGUAAAAGCUCUUAAUUCAUCCAAAG